GUAUUUCCUACACAUUCUCGUGCUGACUUCUGUGAGCUUCUGUUGCCAUCAGCUCCGAUCCUGUGUGUUCAGCUCGCUACUGCGGGAGAGGGCCAGAGAGCAUAACACAGGCUAUUUUUUUACCCCUAAGGAGUCUAUCAAUAUAUUCCUUCUCCAAGUGUUACACUAUGCCAGUGGUUAUGUUUGUGACCUUCUGUAGGCAGAGAUGUUAAUAGCUGUCUAUACAGAGAACAUUUUUUCUUCAUUCUAUGGCAUUUAACCUUUUCUGUUUUCUUCUUGCUGCAAAUGAACACAACCUCUGCGUCUCCCCAGAGGUUCUAACCACCAGCAAGACUUCAAAAUGUCAGUUAUCAGCAGGAAAAAGUAUACCGACAGCUUGGGGUUUGUGAUACACAAUCAACAGGCUUUUUCUUAUUUUCUCCUGUUGUGUUUUGAGUAAAGAAUCGAACCAGCAACUUUUUUAAACCUUGACAGCUAUGGAGCAGAGAAACAUGUUAUCGGAACAGCCAUGCGCAGAUGUGGCACAGCGAUACUGCACCCUCCUGCAAGCAUCACCUGGGAAUCUUGAGGAGGGGCAGCACAAGGUGUCUUCCACUCUCCCUCCCACAGCUUGUGUAGGCAGAGAGGAGAAUGAAGGUAUUGAUGUAAAACAAGGUUAAAUAAAAGGGCUCUUGCAACACAGCAGCAAUCGCCCAGGGAAGCGCAGCAACUGCAGAUUGGGCCAGCCACAGCCACCAGUGUCACCUUGGAGACCAGCUGGUAAACUCCAGGCCUCCCCAAAAAGGCGGGGGGGCUGGGGGGAAGGCAGUCGGGUGUGUAAACAAGUAAAACGAGAUGGACAAGGAAGCUCUGCAGUGAGCCUGCGGCCUUGCAUCCCUUCCACUUGUUGCCUGAAUACAGCGAGAGCCUGGGAGCGAGAAGGCAGGUGGGGCACAACGCUGUCCCAGCCCCCCAACACCUCACAAGUCCUGGGUGGAAACCCCAGGUGCAGGAUAGCAUUGCAGAUGCCUGGCACAGCAAGGCAUGACCGAGAGAUGGCAAUCCAGGCCAAAAAAAAACUGUCCAAAACCACCGACCCAGUAGAAAGACUUCGCCUGCAGUGCUUAGCCAGGGGAUCUGCAGGCAUCAAAGGACUUGGCAGAGUAUUUCGGAUUAUGGAUGACGACAACAGCAGGACCCUUGAUUUCAAAGAGUUUAUGAAGGGUUUGAAUGAUUAUGCUAUGAUGAUAGAUAAGGAAGAAGCACAAGAGAUUUUCCAGAUAUUUGAUAAAGAUGGCAGUGGAACAAUUGAUUUUGAUGAAUUUCUUGUUACACUGAGACCUCCCAUGUCAAAAGCAAGAAAAGAGAUUGUCAUGCAGGCAUUCAAGAAGUUAGAUAAGACUGGAGAUGGUGUCAUAACAAUUGAAGACUUACGGGGGGUGUACAAUGCAAAGCAUCACCCCAAAUACCAAAAUGGAGAUUGGACAGAAGAUCAAGUUUUUAGGGCCUUUCUGGAUAAUUUUGAUUCACCUUAUGACAAAGAUGGGAAGGUCACAACAGAAGAGUUCAUGAACUACUAUGCAGGGGUCAGCGCUUCAAUAGACACAGAUGUCUAUUUUAUCAUCAUGAUGAAGAAUGCUUGGAAACUCUGAUCAUAUGAUUAAAGUAGCAAGACUUUACUUCCAUCUUCUGUAGGACCCCAUGAUUAAGUGUAUGCACAACGAGACGCAUGUAAAAACAACUUCCAGUAACUGUGUCAAUUACAGUCAAUCUGCAGAAAUAAUUCCCAGAUGCUUCAGUAGGCUCUGCCUCAGGGGACUGGAGCAUAAUUGGAGAGUAGAUCUGGCAUCCAGCCCCUCCACAGACCCAUCCCUUUUCUUCUUGGAACUCUGAACAUGUCUUUUCUUUUCUGAGACACGGCGCUCCUUUCUGCUCAGACAUCCAGAGUGGGUCCCUGUGGCUCCUGAACAUAUCUCCUCCUCCGGGGUUAGAUACACCUGUGUUUGACAGAGGAUGCAAGAGGAGGAAGCAGAAACAUUCUGGAAGGGUGAUGGUCUGGGGAAGACUGUUAUAAAUGUGAGGAAGCCUGUCCCAGGGGGGUCUCACAGCCCUCUCACCUGUAUCACUGCUGCAUCCUUUGACUUCUCAGGUCUCACUUCUGGGAUAGACAACUGCUCAGCGUGCUGCUGGGAACAUGUGAGUUCCCACUGCCAUGAGGAUGGAGGAAGAAACAAAUCAGGAAUGGGAGACACAGACCAUAAUAAAUGUGAGAGACUAUUUACCCUGUCUCCCCCUCUCCUUACAGGCACCUUCCCUGUGUAUGCCUUUUUUCAAACCUCUGUGGACCUUCUUAAUAGAUUUUCUCCCACCUUUGAUUUCAUUCUUUCUGUACUGUGGGAUUAUCUCACUAAUAUUUUUCUUUAGAGGGCUUUUGUGUGUUACACUGUCUUCUUACUUUUCUUGGAACAUUUAUUAGUCCAGUAGCUGUUGACUAUACACACCUACACCAAAAGUUGUUUAUUGCUUUCUGUAUUUACACUGAUUUAUGUCCAUACUAUGACUUAAGGGAACUUUCUGAGAACUCAAGGACUUGUAAUCUUCUGCUUCUAGUACUGAAAAAAGGAUGAGAAGCUGCCUUUCUGGUCACACCGACGAGACUGUCUCAAUUCUGAGAUCUUCUGUCCUUUCCCAAGAGUGGGGAAAUGAUGUACAACGGAAACUGUAAAAAAAACCCAACAAACCAACAAACAAUAAAAAGAAAAAAAAUAAAAAGGGAAGAAGUGGAGGAGGA